AUGCCUAUGCCUGUCAUGCAGCCUCGAUACUCCAGUCCAGCAGCUACUUACCCCAGCCCCAACCACGAUCUAGCAAGGUGGCACGACCCCGCCGUUACCGGACCUUUUGCCGAUGGAACCACGCAGGCCGUGCAUCCGUACGCCAUGAUGGCCUCGCAACCGCCGCCGCCUCCGCAACAGUACGCCCAACCUUCCACGCCGAAUGGCACCACCGCUCUUGCACGUCGACACAUGAACCGGGCCCUGGUUCCUACCACCGCUGCGCACCCCCACUUCGACGACGCGGAGGCCUGGCCCUUCAACACAAAUGACCCGGCCACUCUCCUUGACCAGACGACCAACGGCGGCCUGAGCGAACAAAGCAGCAUCGAGGCGCUGGAGGAGCUCGCCAUCAAGGCCAAACGUGAGGCGCAAGCCAAACGCAAGCAGAUCCCGCCAUUCGUACAAAAGCUCAGCAGCUUCUUGGACGAAGAGAAGAAUGUCGACUUGAUCCGGUGGUCCGACAAAGGAGACUCCUUCGUCGUUCUCGACGAGGACGAGUUCGCCAAGACGCUCAUCCCCGAGCUCUUCAAACACAACAAUUACGCUUCCUUUGUUCGCCAACUCAACAUGUACGGGUUUCACAAACGCGUCGGUCUCUCCGACAACUCGAUGCGCGCCAGCGAGCGCAAGAACAAGAGCCCGAGCGAGUAUUCGAACCCGUACUUCCGUCGCGGUCAUCCGAACUUGCUGUGGCUGAUCAACAAGCCCAAGAGCGGCAGCAAAGGCAAGUCCAAGGGAGGGCAGAAGCCGCCGGAAAACGACGCAGAGACGGACGAGGAAGCCGGUGUCGAGGAGGUGGGACAGAGUAUCGGCGGAGGAUCCCAGAGUGGCCGUGCGCUGCCCUCUGGCAACAUGCCGCUCGAUAGGAAGGAGAUUGCACUGGUGCGGGAAGAGCUGGCGAAGGUCCGGGAGCAACAGAAGAUGAUCCUCAACGCCAUCAGCAGGAUCCAACGCGACAAUUCCACUCUUUACCAGCAAGCGGUCAUCUUUCAGGAGCAGCACGACCGGCAUCAGAACUCCAUCAACGCCAUCCUCAACUUCCUCGCCAACGUCUUCCGCAAGACCUUGGAAGACCAAAACUCGCAAAACGUCAACGAGCUGCUGGCCAACAUCAUGCCGGGCAACGGCAACAACUCCAUCCCCCAGGGCAGUGUCGUGGAUCUGGGUGACUUCGUGUCGUCGCAGGUAUCCGGCGCCAGUCCCGUCAGCGGGCCCAAGAGGGCGCGCGGCUUGCUCCCGCCCAUUCCCGUCAACGGCGUGAAUGCAGGCAGCAGCCGGGCGAGCAUGGCAUCUUCGUCGUCGUCGGGCAAGGCCACGCCAUCGCCUUAUCACAGCCACGCCAACUCGGUAUCGGGCACGGUGACCGAGCUUUUCGAUCACUUGGAUGGAGCCGAGACCGCCAGCCCGGCUGCUUCCGACUUGCUGGCGCAGGAGCUCAAAUCGAAUCCGCGCGAGAGCAUGAUGAAGAUCAUCCAAGACACCAACGCCAGCCGGUCGGCGGGAGGAGGAGCAGGAGGAGCAGGAGGAGGAGGAGGAGGUCUGGACCUGCCGGAGGUGGUAGCCAACGCGCCAGCCACCAUGACCAACGAUCAGCGGGAGCAGAUGCUCAACAACAUGAUCGCACAGACGCAGGGUCCCGAAGCCGGCACCGCACCUGUUCCCAAUUCCACGGCUGCUGCUGCUACUGCUGCUGCUGCUCCCACAGCCAGCAACACUUCGGGCGCCUCAUUCCCGAACAUCCCUGCUCCUACUUCAACCACCGCCGGCCACGCACCGGUCCCGGCUCACUCCCCGGCUCCCGGGCUAGGUGGCGGUGGCGGUGGUGGUUCGAAACCUGCGCCGCCGGCUAAUGCGAAUUUCUCCCUCUCGCCAGUCAUGAACGCGAACCCGCUGCCGCCAAGCCUCAACCACAUCAGCAACACGUCAGGCGAGCUCGACACCCUCCACCGCAUGACGCAGGACAGCAACGAGCGGCUGGCCAACAUCCAACACAUCCUCAGCCCGCUCAGCCCCUCGGGCCGCAUCCCCGGCCUCGACGACAUGGAAAACGCGGGCGGCUACUUCGAGAACCACAACCUCGACCUCGACCAUUUCCUCGACACCGACGCCUUUGACCCCAACAACACCUUUUCCCACAUGGACUUCAACGCCGGUGCCGCGGGCGCCGCUGGCGGGGAAUUCGACUUUGGUAUCCUCCACGACCAUACGGCCGCCGCCGCCGUGGAUCCGACCGCGGGAGGCCACCCCCCUGCCGGCGAUAACCCGAGUCCCAGCGGGACGGAGGAGAUUCCCCGGGCUGAUGAGUUUGGGUUGGCUGGAAAUAGCGGGAGACCCAGGGACACUAAGCGUCGUCGCGUCGGUUAA